AGGUCGAUCAGAGGUCAGAGGUCACUCAGCGGGGCGAGGUGAAGCCUUAAAGCUCGGCUUCGUCGUCAGAGAAUCAUUCAGUCUUCACUCAGAAACAAAGAUGGAGGCACUCAGAGUUCUCGUCUGUCUCAGUCUGAUCUGUGCAGCUUCAGCGAACUCUCCCAUUGACCCCAGAGGAACCCGUCCGGUGGAGCAGGGCACCAGAAAUGAAAAAUGUGCCACGGAGAGGGAUUGGCCUUUCUGCACAGACGACCAAUGGGGCCCUAAAUGCCCGUCCGGCUGCAGGAUUCUGGGCCUGAUGAACAAAGACGACCACGACCUGCUGAAGAGGAUCGAGAAGAUCCGCAGCCUCCUGGACCAGAACAAGGCCAAGCACCGCUCGGCUGACCAGGCGUCCAAACAGACCUACGACUACCUGAAGGAGAGGCUCACCACGGAUUCUGGUCACGACAACAACUACUACGACCUGGCCCAGCGUCUCCGUCAGAGGAUCACCGAGAUGAAGAUCAAGAUCGACCGCCAGCUGAGGAUCCUGGCGGCCCUGAAGGACCGGGUCAAGGACCAGGUGGUGGAGAUGCAGCGGCUGGAGGUUGAUAUCGAUAUCAAGCUCCGUUCCUGCAAAGGAUCCUGCAAAAGCUACACCGAGCACACGGUGGACCACGACAGCUACGUGGUCCUGGACAAACACGUGAGCCAGCUGGACGCCCAGGCGCCUCAGAACAUCGAGUCUGUGAAAACGUUGUACGUGAUGAAGAGCCGGUUGAUGCAGGACUCCGACCCGAACUCCAACUUCAAGACGAAGGUCGUGGGCGGUGUUGCGACAGGAGAGCAGACAGUAGAUGUGUUCCAUGAUGUGACGACCAACGAGCUGAUCCUGGAGCAGGAAGGCUCCUCCUCCGCCCCGGCAACCAUCUCCAAGACCUCAGGUGAUUCCUACCUUUCGUCUACAUCCUCCUCCUCCUCCUCCUCCUCCUCCUCCGCGCAUUCCGGCGCUUCCGAUUCAUCCAGAUCCAUCACUGAGCUCGGAGGAGGAGGAGGAGGAGGAACUGGAGGUUUCUUCGCCGGAGGGUUCGAGCCGUCCAGUACGAGCCACGUGACCACCGUCUCCUGCACCAAGAGCUUCAGGACAGUCGUCACGCACACGAAGGACGGGCCGGUGGAGACGACGGAGGAGGUGAUCGGGGGAGGCCCGGAGUGCCAAACCAUGGCGGGUCUCAACAAGGGAAGCAUGUCCUCCUUCUUCCCCGGCCUCACCCACACAUCCUCCUCCUCCUCCUCCUCCUCCUUCCCCGACCUCGCCCACACAUCCUCCUCCUCCUCCUUCCCCGGCCACACCCACACAUCCUCCUCCUCCUCCUCCUUCCCCGGCCACACCCACACAUCCUCCUCCUCCUCCUCCUCCUCCUCCUCUUAUUCUACCUCCGGCGGCGCUAAAGGAAGCCUCGUGGAUUCCAAAACAGAUAUGUUCGGGCUCGACAUCGCCGGCUUCUUGACGGACCCGGCAGAUGACGACGUUCCUGAUUUCCACGCCCGCAGUGUGAAGACAGUGCGUACCGAGCGGCAGGCCGAUUAUAUAGGAAAAGAUUGUGUCGACGCCCACCAGAACCACCUGAAAGGGGAAACGAACGGCCUGUUUAAGAUCAAACCCGGCGGCACCGACUCCACGCAGGUAGCAGAGGUUUACUGCCAGCAGGAGGGGCUUAUGGGGGGGUGGUUGUUAGUCCAGCAAAGGCAGAGCGGCGCGCUCAGCUUCAACCGAACCUGGGCCGAGUACCGCGGCGGGUUCGGCUCGGUGGACGCGACGGGCAAUGGGGAGUUCUGGCUCGGCAACCAGAACCUCCACCUGCUGACGAGUCGGGCCGAGAGCAUGUUAAAGGUGGAGCUGGAGGAUUGGGAGGGGGGCGUGGCCGGGGCCGAGUACACCGUCAGGGUGGGGACGGAGGAGCAGGGGUACCCGCUGCACGUGUCCGGGUACACCGGGGACGCCGGGGACGCUCUGGUGGCGUCCGAUCCCGGCGUGUCCCACAACGGGAUGAAGUUCAGCACCUUCGACAGAGAUAACGACAAGUGGGGGGCGAGUUGCGCGGAAAUGUUCGGGGGCGGGUGGUGGUACAACAAGUGCCAGGUGGCGAACUUGAAUGGGGUUUAUUCUAAAGGAACGCAACAACUGGAGGUGGGAAAUGUGGGCGUCGUCUGGGCGCCGUACAAACCGGCCAGCCUGAAAACUGUCCGCAUGUUUAUCCGACCGGCUGCUUUUUGACAGGACAAAAAAUCAUCAAAUGACAUUAAAUAACCAAAAGAUACGACAAGGGACAAAGAGAAGAGGCUGAAAUAAGUCAAAGUUUCUUUCUGUUGAUUUGUUCGUUAAUCAUUCUGGGAUUUCCAAAUCAUGUUGUUGAGUUGACUCCUGUGUAAAUGUCGUUGACCUGUUUAUCGAUGACUGAACUCUGAUCAAUCAAUAAAGAUCCAAUGUUCACUUCA